GAAGGUUCUGGCGGGUUUUGGAGCCGCAGCAACCAUUGUUGGUUGGACGAUGCUUCUCACCAGCAUGGCGCUACCUGAUUGGAUGACAUAUAGCUACCCUCCAAACAACACCAGAACGGUGGUCAGCCUGUGGACGGAAUGCGUCACCACUACUGGACCAAACGGCACAACCUCCACUUGUUUAGGAUAUAUGCUAUCUCUGGAUGGCGCUGGUUGGUCGUGGACGCUGACGCGAUGCAGUAUGUUACACGCCUUCCUAUUCGCCAUCGGCGGCCUGGUCUCCUUCAUAAGUUUCCUACCGGAAAGGUCUCUCACCAUCCUGGCGGCAGGCGCCGUCUGCAACCUGGUGGCAGCUGGACUGACUAUCAUGUCCAUGAUUGUCUUCACCGUCGCCAUUCUCGUUCCCAUGACGGCAUCGCUUACGGCCUCUGGGCACGAGAACGCCGCUGCCGGGACAGGCUUCUACUUCGGGUGGGUGUGUACCAUUCCUAACGUCAUAGGGGGGAUCCUGGGCAUCAAGACCGCUACAGUACACAACAAGGUAGUCAAGGAGAAGGCCAUGAAGCAGCUGAAGUUGUUCAUGGAGUCCCAGGCUAAGGAACAGGAAGAGGCUCAAGAGGAGGAAGACACGAAGGCUAAGGUUAAAGCGUCACCGUGGGGAAAGGUUGCUUUAACCAACGGGAAUAAAAACGUACUUGGACUUCCGAAGAAAAAAUUUCUUGCUCCGAUCGUGGAUGUGGAUAGAGGCAUGGCUCCAAUUGACUAGAUCAAUCAGAUACUAAACGGAUGUAUCUCUUUUUUAUCUGUAUAUAUGUGUAUAAAAUUUUGUAUGCCUAUCUUGACAUGUGACUCGAGCAUGCACAGUGGACAAAUGUAGUAGGUAGUCUGUGACAUCCUCCGUCUCGGCUCAUGUUCCAUAGUGUAAAAAAGAAUCACUGCACAGUUUCCGAUCUUGAAGCAUAUCUUCAAACAUUCGUAAAUGUUUCAUUUUCCAUUUAAGUGAAGAAACAGGACACUUUCUUUACGCAUACUUUAUGUGAGCUUAAAGAUAGAAUUUGAUGUAGUGAAUCUGCCUAGUAAUAAGAGAACCUUAAUGCAGUGCAGAUGAAACUUGCAGUCCUUAAGUCAGGGUCAAUUUGUACAGAUAACAUGUGGAACUGCAGUGCAUCUUUGCGAAGACGAAUUGUAAAAUACUUUUAGACAUCGAUACACUUUUUACGAACAUU